UGCCUGCUCCCAGGCCGUCCAGUUUUCUUUUUCUCUGCUUCCGGGCCCUGUGUCGCAACCAUGCUCUGUCAGAUCAUCAGUCAGGCCAAGAAGCAUCCAAGCUUGAGCCCCUUCUUUGUGUUUAUUGGAACUGGAGGUCCUGGGGCAGUGCUGUCUGUCAUGCGCUUGGCAUUGUUCAAUUCAGAUGUCUGUUAGGACAAAAAUAACCCAGAACCCUGGAACAAGCUGGGUCCCAAUGAGCAAUGUAAGUUCUACUCUGUGAAUGUCGAUUACAGCAGACUGAAGAGAGAAGGUCUGGAGUUCUAAAUGAAAUGUUUCACUAUAAAGCUGCUUGGAAUGAAGGUCUUCCAGAAGUCAUCCACACAACUUUCCACUUAACCAGGAAAUAUUUCCCCUGCAAAUGCACGAGAUCAUGUUGGUGUGUCCUGUUGGGGUUUGCACUGAUUAAUGUUUGGAAAUUAAAAAGAAAAGAAGACCUUAGAGAAAAACGUUUCAAGUAGAUGAUUUCAAAUGCAAAGUCUGAGGUGGAAAAGGGCUUGACGGAGUGAACCAGGAAAAUGGCCAGCGUGGUUGAAGUACAGUGAGAAAGGAGGAGCGUGUGAGAGGAAGCAGGCAGGAGCCAGCACACGCAGGGCCUUGCAAGUCAGUGGAGCAGUGUGAUUUUUAUUCUAAAAGCAAUGAGAGGCCAGUGAAGGAUUCUGAACAGAGGAGUGAAAUACACCUUAGGAGAGAUUGAUGGAUGCCUUUGCUUAAACAUAUUUUAUGGUAAUUUUAAGUAAGCAUGUAAUAUUUUGACAGAUUUUAAGAUAUAACAAUUUAGUCAAUAAUCAUGUUUGAUUUUGCCCUUCAGUGUUUUACUAUAGCAUGAUAUUUUAUUACAUUAUUUUUCAUUGACUAUUUUGUUUACUUUUAAAACCAGUAGUAAACUUUUUAUUCCUAUGACCUGCACUGUACUUAUAACUUCAUUUAAGAAAAGAGACUGGACUGAGUAAAUAACAAAGGAAGAACUUUGU